CGGUCCGGCUUUUACCUUUCUCCUUCGUCUUGCCUGCGCGUAGGGGCUGGUAGCUGGGCUGUUUCCUGGUCUCGCAGAAAGAGGCAGUGCUGAGUUAGGAAGACAAAAAUAGACCUUUACAGAGAAAUAUAGGGAUUGUGCGCGCGGUGGGGAGGGAGAGAGGGAGAGCGGCACCCGGCUGGUUUCCAGGAGGAGCCUUCUUCUCCCUCUCGUUGCAUGUUAGGCAUUUCUGAACAGAUUUCUUCCCCCCACCCCCUCCCUGCCGGGGCACGGUUAUCUCUGCCACCCGCUCCCCGCAUCUCCUCUGGAGAGCCAGCGAACCAACUCCGUUUCGAUCAGAGAGCGGCCAGAGACCAUUUUAUGCGAGCGAGCCGGUGAGGGGGAAGAAGAGAAGAAAACCGUCGCAGGGACACACGGAUAUAAAGAUUUGUCUUCUGCCUUAUUCCCCCCCCCUUCCCCUUCCCUCCCCCCCACCCCUUUCCUCCCCCUUGUAAAUACUAAAUCCGUAAAAGCAACGAUUUGACAUCCAUCCUAAGCAGCGGCUAUGGGGUGUUUGGGCAACAGCAAAACGGAGGAUCAGCGUAUCGAUGAGAAAGCGCAGCGAGAAGCCAACAAAAAAAUAGAGAAGCAGUUGCAGAAAGAGAGGCUGGCUUAUAAAGCGACACACCGCUUGCUUCUGCUGGGGGCUGGUGAGUCAGGAAAAAGCACUAUUGUGAAACAAAUGCGAAUCCUACAUGUCAAUGGAUUUAAUUCAGAAGAAAAGAAACAGAAAAUACUGGAUAUUCGGAAAAAUGUUAAAGAUGCGAUCGUGACUAUAGUUUCAGCUAUGAGCACUUUAAUACCCCCAGUUCCAUUGGCCAACCCAGAAAACCAAUUUCGAAUGGACUACAUCAAGAGUAUAGCUCCUCUUUCUGACUUUGACUAUACACAGGAAUUCUUUGAACAUGCAAAAAAGCUCUGGGAUGAUGAAGGUGUAAAGGCAUGCUUUGAGAGGUCGAACGAAUAUCAACUGAUUGACUGUGCACAGUACUUUUUAGAAAGAAUUGACAGCGUCAGCAUGGAUGACUACACACCCACAGAUCAGGACCUAUUAAGAUGCAGAGUGUUGACAUCAGGGAUUUUUGAAACAAGAUUUCAAGUAGACAAAGUAAAUUUCCACAUGUUUGAUGUAGGUGGCCAGAGAGAUGAGAGAAGAAAAUGGAUCCAAUGCUUUAAUGAUGUCACAGCUAUCAUCUUUGUUGUGGCUUGCAGCAGCUACAACAUGGUAAUAAGGGAAGACAAUAACACAAACAGACUACGGGAAUCCCUGGACCUUUUCAAAAGUAUCUGGAAUAACAGGUGGUUACGGACCAUUUCUAUCAUUUUGUUCUUGAAUAAACAGGACAUGCUGGCUGAAAAAGUCUUGGCAGGGAAAUCAAAAAUCGAAGAUUACUUUCCUGAAUACGCGCAUUACACUGUCCCUGAGGAUGCAACACCAGAUGCAGGAGAAGACCCCAAAGUCACAAGAGCCAAGUUCUUCAUCCGGGAUGAGUUUUUAAGGAUAAGCACGGCGAGUGGAGAUGGCAGGCACUACUGCUACCCACACUUCACGUGUGCAGUGGACACAGAAAACAUCCGCAGAGUCUUCAACGACUGCCGGGACAUCAUUCAGAGGAUGCAUCUCCGCCAGUACGAACUCUUGUGAGGGGGAUCACCGUGGAACCUGUGGUUUUAAAUUCUUUGCUCCUUACUCUUUCUCUUGAUACUACCCCACACAGGGUGGAGGAAUAUACUAUAGAAAUGUCAGUCUCUUCACUUUGUUUACUUUAAUUAUUUAACCUUAAAGCUGAUUUGAAGCAAGUUUGGGUUGUUUUUUCCUUCAUGCUUUUUGAGACUCUUUUUGUGCUUUCUUUUGACAUGCCACUUCUCCGUCAUUCCACUAAGCCCUUCGGCUACCUCUGUUCCCUUAGCUUUUUGGGUUUUUUUAACUGAACGUGACCUGCUAAAUUUUUUCCAGCGGGUUGACAGCAGUUCAAACUGGUAUGUCAGCGGGAUGACACUAAAGUCAUACCUAUCCCUCUGUGUGGGUUUCCUUUUUAACGCGACAUUGAAGAGUACUUGAUGGGUGAAAAAAAAAAAAAAAAAAGAUUAAUGCACUUUGUAUCAGGUUACUAAAUACUGUUGAGGAAGUAGACACACAAUGUAGCAGCACCACAAUAUUUAUUACUCUGUCACAGUUUUUAGCAUUUCUGAGUUGCAGGUCAACUGAUAAAAGUGACCUCCUCUUUUAAGCCGUUACUGGCACAGGAAGUAGAGUAGAUAAUGAGAGGAACAGUGAAGACAAAGCAAUUUUUCUGGGGUUUUGGAGCUAAGAGUCUCUGCACACCUCAGGCAUUUGAAUUACAGCUACUUUUCAGCCUGUUGCAUCUAGGCAGAAGAUUUACCACCCUCACUUACGUUAUUCGUGCUGUCCACAAAUGAUCCUUUUAGUUCAGAUCAUUCUUGGACAACAGUCCUCUCCCUAUAUAUAUUUUUUUGUUUCACUGCUGGUUUAUUAUAUUGUACAGACUGUAAAAUGUAAUAUUAUUUUGUACAACUUUAUUGAAGAAAAAUACUUGUAGAAGAUCUUUGUGCCUUGAUUAUGGCUGUACCUGUAAAAUGAGCUAAGAUGUAAGUAUGUUUUUGAUUGCGCUGUACAGCUUGAUGUCAACCUUACCUGCAGCAGUGACUGGAGGUAAGAACUUUAUCUGUAGAGUUUAGGGAUUUUUUUCUGGUUUAUAUAAAAAUGCUCUUUAGUAUAAAAAAAAUUCUAAAUUAUGCAAAUUAACCACUUACCUUUCCACGUAAGGUAUUACAGUCACCGGAUGUUGCAGCAAACAUGCCUUUCUCUUUUGAAGUCUCAGCUUUAAAACAUUGGAAUUCAUUCAAGUGUCCAAAUUGCAACCUGGUGUUGUUUUAAUGGGAACCAAGGAUUUCUUUUUAUUUUAUUUCUCCUUUCUAUUUAGAAAAAUAUGUUGGGUGAUUCUUUGGUCAUUCAUAGAACUUCACAAUUGCACAGACCGAUUGUGAAUGUGUAAAGCACCAUUAUAUAGAGCUCUUCAAUCUUUGUACCAACAGCGGCUUUCAUUGUGCAAGUAAAUAGCAAGAAAGAAGAAAACAAACAAACCAACCAACAAAAAAGGUGUAUAAACCCUUGCGUCUGGCCUAAGAGAAUUCCAAGAUGACAUUUUUAUUUCUCUUUUAAUAAAGAGACACAUUAGAAAAUGGUUUUAUUUUAAAUAUCGUAGAAUCAAAAUGUGUGAAUAUUUCUCAAACUUGAAUAAUUUAUGCAAAUGACAUUCUCAAAACAAGUUGUGGUACAGUACAAUAUAUAAAAAAGCAAGAAUUGCUGUAGCAAUAAGGCAUGUCCUUUUUAGUAACUAUAACACUGCUUUAUAUUUUAUACAUAGGUGUUUUAUGUCUGUGACUAUAUACUUUUCCUGUGUCCAAGAUAACCUGUACAAAUGUCUAAAAUUACAGUUGCAAUAACAGAAACCUAGAGAAGUGUUAGACUACAUUACUUUAUAGAGUGUUUUACCACACUUUUGACGAUUCCCCCCACUUCAUUUUAAAUCUAGGGAGAGAUUACAAGCUAACAUAUUCCCCACAUUGGCAUACAAAGCAGCAGGAGGCUUGAUUAAUUUUUUACUAUUUGCAUCAUUAUUAGCUAUAAGCCCCAAUGAGUCAUCUUUUUAAAUUCAGAAUACAGACAAAUCAAGAACUUAUUUUUAUUUGAUGAUAAACAAUCCCAUUUUAGAUACGACCAUUUUCUCUUCCCAGAAAUGUGUAUGCUUUGAUGGCUGUAUGGCCAAUUUAGUCAUCAGAUAUUUCCCAGAAAGUGAAAGGCUGGGUGGAAUAAGCUAGGAAUAAACAAAACUCCCAAAUGCAAAGAUUCUCUCACUUCCCAUGCCAAAGAAAGUAACAGAACAAAUGACAAAAGACAGUCUUUAUAAAUGCCCCACAGCCCAAGGAGUUCAGGCCAGAGCUCCCAGCCUCUGCAGGAAUGGCAGCAGGAAAACUGGUCCUGGUGUCAAAAUGGUCCCUCUGGUUUUCCCGGGGUGGGUGGGGAGCAGCAGUAGGUUGGACACCUCUUCCCACACACACACAGAGCACAUGGAGGCACCGAGCACAGAUUUUACAUUCUCUGUGCUGCCAUCCCAGUGGGGGCCAGUGGCCCAGCCUAGCUGGUGGCCUCCACCUCUCAGUGGCAGAAUUUGGCAGCUGUGCAGGACUCUAAUUUGAAGCACUCCUAUCCCUCUCUGUCCACAGCCUGAGGGCCAAGGCAGAGGAUAAUGUUACUGCAGCUGUAUCUGACCUUCCUUCUUGCAGAAGAUCAGCAACUGGAGGGCCCCUCACCACACGAGUCUCUGGGAUACAGUAGGGCCCUCUUUUGGGGGUUUUUUUGAGCUCAUCAUAGCACAUCUUUUUCAAAACAGCAGCUUGAGGUGUCACCCCAGGUUUUUUUUAAGCAGGUUUCACAUGAAUCAGCAAACUGGAUCCACAGGCUUCUUCCCAUUGUUGUCUGGAAGAUGAUAACUGCAAAUUGUAUUCAGCUGACAAUGUAAUGUACCAGGAACUGAAAGAUUUCUUGUCCCAAACCAGUCCCUUACAUAUGACAUGCUAAAAAAGGUUCCAGAAAUCUGCAUCUCUCAGUACUGAUGUAUCUAGUUUCUGCCUGACCCUAACAAACAAGAAGUAUGACAUUAGAAGGGCCAUGCAGCAAUAAAACAGAGAAACAUUUCCAGUUUGCAGGACUGAGCCUCCACCAGGGUAAGACACCAGUGCAGAUAAGUGAUGAGGCGAUACGAUUUACAUAAUGUACAGUUACACUUUUAAUAUACAUAUUUGAUACAAAAAAAAAAUAUAGCAGGAAAAGGACUCAUUUGAUUGUAGAAUACAGUAUUUUUGUACAGCAUGAACCGUUCAUUUCAUUUAAUUAUUUAUCCUGUAGUAGUCAUAUCAGCUGUAUAGGACUUCUAUGGUAUGUGUAAAUGCAACCUGCCUUCAGACUAGCAAUCAAAUUAGGUCAUUUGCUGGCAUGAAUAUAGUCUGAUGUUUGACUGUUCUCAGCUUUGGUAUUUCAGUGACUGAAUGCAGAUGUCUGGCUCUUCAUACUGCUUUAUGCUUACUGAUUAAACGCUGAGCAAAAUAAAAUGGUGGAGUGAGAAGCUGAAAA